AAAAGAGAAGAGAAUUGUGAGAUGGGCCCACUUAGCUUGUAUAACUUACAAACAAGUUAUUGUGCGGUUGGUUGAGCUAUGGAGCGCUGGACUCACCGCUUUCCGUUAAAACUGCGUGCGUUUGAGCGGGUUGACCCUCUCUCUCUUCUUCUCCUUCUAAAUAUUUAUUUCAUAAAUUAAGAAAAAUAAGAAAUUUCCUUGUUCUUUUCCUUUUCCAUUUCCUAGUAUCAUUAGAUCCAAUUUCCUCGUUCAAGCAGGAAAACUUAAUUCCAAUUUCCACCUCAUUUCCUUGUUCUCUUAUAUUAUAUAUAUUUCUUCCUAUUAUUAACCAUAAUAAAGAGGCCAAAUAAAUAUCUAAAAUACCAACAUUUUAUUGUGAAUAUUAGUAUUUAGAGGAGGGGAGAGGAGAGGAGAGGGUUGCAUAUAUUUAAGUUCACCUAUUGCCUACACAUCAAGUCAUCACCUUACCUGGAAUCUUAGGCGUGUUCUUAAGAUAUCGUUGGUUAGACAUGCUUUCACAACAAUUUCAGUCAAUGGAACAGUUGAAAUUAGCGGCAGAAUCUCAGCCAAAAGAGGAUCAUUCUUUUAAGGGCAACCAGAGAAGUGAUGACGCACAUGAGUGCUCAGGCAGUCCUCGAAGUCGAAAGAUAUCAGCUAGAUGGGAUCCGGAUGAACCAUGCAGGCCUGCCAUUGAUGAAGCACCUGUAUUUUAUCCAACUAUUGAGGAGUUUGAAGAUACACUUGGUUACAUAGCAAAGAUACGCCUAGUGGCUGAAUCUUAUGGUAUAUGUCGGAUUGUCCCGCCACCUUCCUGGACCCCUCCCUGUCCUCUUAAGGAUAAAGAGAUGUGGGAGCAUGCUAAAUUUUCCACACGUAUUCAGCAAGUUGACUUGCUUCAAAACAGAGAAGCCAUGAAAAAGAAAAGUAGAGGUCGGAAGCGAAAACGAAGAAGGCACUCAAGAAUGGGAACCAAAAGACGUUCAGAAGCUAAUGUUGCGUCCGAGACUGAUGAGAAGUUUGGGUUCCAUUCAGGAUCAGACUUUACAUUUGAAGAGUUUCAGAGAUAUGCCUAUACUUUCAAGGAGAGUUACUUCAGAUCAAAGGAUGCUAAGGAGGGUUCAAAUUCUGUUGAAACUAGAAGCAAAAUAUGGAAACCCUCUGUGGAAGAUAUUGAAGGUGAAUACUGGCGAAUAGUUGAGCAACCAACAGACGAGGUUGAGGUUUACUAUGGAGCUGACUUGGAAACAGGAGUAUUUGGAAGUGGGUUUCCUAAGGCAUCGUCUAUGGUAACCGAAAGUGAUUCGGAUCAGUAUGCAAUGUCUGGUUGGAAUCUAAAUAAUUUCCCACGCCUUCCUGGUUCUGUACUGUCUUUUGAAGCAAGCGACAUCUCAGGAGUUCUAGUCCCAUGGCUUUAUGUUGGGAUGUGCUUUUCUUCAUUUUGUUGGCAUGUUGAGGACCACCACCUCUAUUCCCUAAAUUAUCUGCACUGGGGUGACCCAAAAGUAUGGUAUGGAGUGUCUGGAAGUCAUGCUCAAUCUUUGGAACGUGCAAUGAGAAAGCAUUUGCCGGAUUUAUUCGAGGAACAACCUGAUUUACUCAAUGAACUGGUCACUCAGCUAUCUCCUUCAGUUUUAAAGUCUGAAGGUGUACCUGUGUAUCGAGCUGUCCAACAUUCUGGGGAGUUUAUUCUUACCUUUCCGAGGGCAUACCAUUCUGGAUUUAAUUGUGGCUUUAACUGCGCCGAGGCAGUGAACGUGGCCCCUGUCGAUUGGUUAGAACAUGGGCAAAAUGCAGUUGAGCUAUACAGUGAGCAGUGUCGCAAGACAUCAAUCUCACACGACAAAUUGUUACUGGGAUCAGCACAGGAAGCUGUACAGGCUCUUUGGGAGCUAUCAGUUCUUGGAAAGAAAACUACAAGAAAUUUGAGCUGGCAAAAUGUUUGUGGCAAAGGUGGUGUCCUCACCAGAGCAGUUAAGACACGAGUGCAAAUGGAGGAGGAAAGACUAGAUCGUCUUCCAAUUUGUUUGAAGUUGCAAAAGAUGGAAAGAGACUUUGAUUUGAACGAGAGAGAAUGUUUUUCUUGCUUCUAUGACUUACACUUAUCUGCUGCCAGCUGCAAAUGCUCUCCUGAUCGAUUUUCAUGUCUCAAACAUGCAAAGCAUUUUUGUUCAUGUGACAUCAGUCAUAAAUAUGUCCUUCAACGCCAUACUAUCAGUGAAUUAAAUAUGCUGGUUGAAGCAUUGGAAGGGAGAGUAGAAGCCAUGAAAGUAUGGGCAUCCAAGGACCCUGUAGUAGUUUCUAUAGACGGUACUGAUUGGCGUACCACUAAGUUGGAUCAAGAAAGUAGCAUGUCUCAUAAGAGAGUCAAGUCUUGUAAUCCAAGGGAAACUUCAUCUUGUUGUCCUGUUUCGGAAGAGAAGGUCAACAUAAAUGCAUCUUGCAGUUCGUCUAGUCAAGUUUCUUCUGCGGUUGUCCAGUCAGGGUCACAGCAUGGAGCUUUUAGUUUAAGUGCAUCUCGCAUCACUAUGGAUAGGCAAAAUGACGAUGAAACUCUGGCCAUGAAUGAUGAGGAAAAGAUGGGGAAUGAGUGCUGUUUUGAUUUAAAUCUUAAUUAUAUGUCUGAUGAACGUGAAAGCAGGACGAUGCACAUAUCUGAUGACUUUGAUAACAAGGCUGUCACAAUUGAGGAGGAUGCAUCUACUUCCGUGUCUAAUCAAGAGAAAGUUUGUAGUUCAGAUGUAGCCAGAGACCCAGACAUGAUGAAAGUUGAUAAUGGCUACCCUGCCUGUUCAAGGAACAUCAGGAAUAGUUGUGCGAGUGAUGGCAAUAAGCUGUUUGGUGUUGAACUUUGCUUACCCCAUCCUUCUUCAAACAAACAAUCAAUAAACUUUUCAAAAACUGAAAUUGUCAAGGACUCAGGUGUAAACAUAUCCUUGACUGACCAAAGCUGUCAAUUACAGAAGUUGAGUCCUUCGGUUGAGCCUAUAGAUUUUGGAGCUGUUGUGUCUGGAAAGUUGUGGUGCAGUAAGCAGGCCAUAUAUCCAAAAGGGUAUAAAAGCCGAGUUAAAUUCUGUAGUGUGCUUGACCCAACAAAAGUUUGUAGCUAUAUUUCAGAAGUUCUCGCUGCUGGGCUUCUCGGGCCCCUAUUUAAGGUUACUUUGGAAGAAUGCCCUGGUGUGGCUUUUGCUAAUGUAUCGGCCGAGAAGUGCUGGGAUAUGGUACUGCAGAGACUAAACCAAGAAAUAAAGAGACGGAGUAGUCUAGGGGAAAGUGGACUGCCCCCUUUGCAGCCUAGCAUUAAUGGCCUUCAAAUGUUUGGAUUUCUCUCCCAACCCAUUAUUGAGGCUAUUGAGGCCCUCGAUCCCGACCAUCAAUGUGUGGAGUACUGGAAUUACAGGCGUAUUGUCCCAUUGGCGUUUGGCAAUGUUAGUGAAAUCAAGCAGCAUUCGUUUGAAUCAAGUAGAAGUCUAGGAGAAACAGAUACGAAAAUUUUUGGUAUUACUUUGACAAGGCAGGACCGGGAUAAUCCAUUGGUGGAAGGAGAUCAUCCAACCGAAGAGAUGCAGUUAGUGUUGCGAAGACUAUUAAAGAAGGCAGAUUCCGAAGAGUUGAGGACAUUACAGAGAGUAUUGUGCAGUGAGUCACAAAGUUCAAAAUGGAGAGUGGCAUUCACAUCAUUGAUUGAAGAGAUCCAGAGAAAUGUAGAUAGUUAAGGAAAAGUUAUGAUAGGUCCCCUCAUUCUUUCUCAUUCAAGGUAGCUUCUUUUCCUAUUUAGUCAUUCUUUAGGCCUAUUCUUUGCUUAAAAAAAUCCAUAACAGGGAAAGAGAGGGAUUCUGGGUCUUGAGUUGGGCACAAAAUUUUGUAAUGUGGCUACUCGUGACUGAAUCUAGAGUUUUGAUUUGGUGAGGCCAAUGCCUUCAAUCGGUCACAGAAAGUCUUUCGGUUCAUCAGAAAUUUUGAUUGGUGAUAGGAUCUGGUCUUAAUCAGCUAAUUUUUCUGAUCUUAUUUCAUUAAUCAUUGAAAAAUAAGUGUACACAAUAAAAGUGUUGUUUCAUAUCUUUCAA